CCACAUUGACCAUUGAGCUUGUCGCGUGACUUUUACGGGCAGAUGUCGCGAAAGUGGCUGUGGAGUGACUGUGCGUCCUGCUAGCAAUGCUGGAACCGCUUGGAUGGGUGAGAGCAUGCUGUAAGGACUCACAAGCUCACAGAUUUUCAUAAUGCAACCAUCAGUGCCAUGGACGCUGUGGACGCUCUUGAUAGCGCUGAGUCGGAUGUUGGUGACGGUGGGCGGCGGAUACACGGACAGCAACGUGCUGCACAUUGGCGGCAUUUUCCCCAUUGGCGGUCAAGCCGGGUGGCAGGGCGGUCAGGCGUGCAUGCCGGCCGCCCGACUUGCUCUCGAGGACGUGAACGCCCGCAAAGAUCUCCUGCCUGGCUACGUCCUCAAAUUGCACAGCAAUGAUAGCGAGUGCGAGCCCGGUUUGGGGGCCAGCGUGAUGUAUAAUCUGCUCUACAACGAACCCACAAAGCUGAUGUUGUUAGCCGGAUGCAGCACCGUUUGCACCACUGUGGCGGAGGCUGCCAAGAUGUGGAACCUCGUUGUGUUGUGCUAUGGGGCGAGUUCGCCCGCCCUCUCCGACCGCAAUCGGUUUCCCACACUGUUCCGCACCCAUCCCUCCGCCACUGUGCACAAUCCUACCCGCAUCAAGCUGAUGAAGAAGUUCGGCUGGAGUCGCGUCGCCAUCCUGCAACAGGCUGAGGAAGUCUUCAUUUCCACUGUCGAAGACUUGGAGGCGCGCUGCUCGGAGGCCGCCAUUGAAAUUGUCACUCGGCAGUCGUUUUUGUCUGAUCCUUCGGACGCCGUCCGCAACUUGCGCCGCCAGGACGCCCGAGUUAUAGUGGGGCUGUUUUACGUGGUUGCAGCUCGGCGGGUUCUCUGCGAGCUCUACAAGCAGAACCUCUAUGGGAAGUCAUACACCUGGUUCUUUAUCGGAUGGUACGAGGACAACUGGUUUGAGGUGAAUUUGGACAAGGAAAACAUCGAUUGCACGGUGGAGCAAAUGAGGGCGGCCGCUGAAGGUCAUCUGACCACUGAAGCGCUGAUGUGGAAUCAAGACGAGGACGAGAAAACGAUAUCAGGGAUGACGUCGCUGGAUUUCCGAAAAAAGCUGAACGACGCCCUGAGAGAGGAGGGCUACGAUAUCGACAAGAACCGGUACCCGGAGGGGUACCAAGAGGCGCCCUUGGCCUACGACGCCGUCUGGUCGGUGGCUCUCGCCUUCAACAAGACCAUGGACCGCCUGACUCAGAUCGGGAAGAGCCUAAAAGACUUCAACUACAAUAAUAAGGAUGUAGCGGAUAAUAUUUACUCGGCGAUUAAUUCGACGCAGUUUCUCGGUGUGUCGGGAAUAGUCGCGUUCAGCUCCCAGGGCGAUCGUAUAGCGCUGACCCAAAUCGAGCAAGUGAUCAACGGCAGCUAUGUGGUGCUCGGCUACUACGAUACGCAAGCGGAUAACUUGACUUGGCGCAACAAGGAGGUCUGGAUCGGGGGAAAAGUGCCGCAGGACCGGACCAUCAUUAAGCGGGCCCUGCGCAAAGUGUCGUUGCUGCUCUUCAUUUGCAUGUGCGCCAUAUCAACUGUGGGCAUUGUGAUCGCCACUGCCUUGAUUAUUUUCAACAUCUGGAACAAGCACAGGCGUGUAAUCCAGUCCUCGCAUCCGGUCUGCAACACCAUCAUGCUCUUCGGCAUCAUCGUCUGCCUGGCAUCAGUGUUUCUGAUGGGUCUGGAUGGACGCUUUGUGUUUCCAGAAAGAUUUCCGAGCGUGUGCCAGUCGAGGGCUUGGUUGCUCACGCUCGGCUUCACCCUGUCAUUCGGGGCGAUGUUUAGCAAAGUGUGGCGCGUCCAUCGUUUAAGCACGCGCGCCAAAACCGACCCCAAAGUCAAGAUGGUGGACGUUCUGUUCCAGAAAAAGGUCCAGCCAUGGAAGCUCUAUUCCAUGGUUUCCGGCCUGCUAGUCAUCGACCUGUUCAUUAUGAUCCCUUGGCAGGUCAUUGAUCCGUUGCAGCGUCGCGUGGAGCUAUUUCCUCUUGAAGAUCCGCUGGAAGAGUCCGAUGACUCGAAAAUACGACCCGAGCUCGAGCACUGCGAAAGCCACCACAACAAUGUGUGGCUGUCAGUGAUUUUCGCCUACAAGGGCCUGGUUUUGCUCUUCGGGUUAUUUUUGGCCUACGAGACCCGCUCGCUCAAAAUCAAGCAAAUCAACGACUCACAGUAUGUGGCGCUCACCAUCUACAACGUGGUGAUCAUGUGCCUGAUCACAGUGCCGGUCACCAUGGUCAUUUCCAGCCAACAGGACGCCAGCUUUGCCUUUGUAUCGGUUGCCAUCACGUUCUGCUGCUUCCUGUGCAUGGCCUUGAUUUUCCUCCCAAAGGUCAUCGCGGUGCUAAGCAAGGCCAGCGACAAGGCCGAAAGCAAGUACAACCAUGAGGAGCGACCCUCGAAGGAGGACGAGGAAAAGUAUCAGAAGCUGUUGAGCGACAACGAAGACCUGCAGCGGCUGAUAGCACAGAAGGAGGAGAAGAUCAAAAAGCUGCGCGACCGCAUUCAAGAACGGGAACGGGAAGCGGGUGUUACUAGCGCAAACCCUCCAGGGGUCGCUGCGCUCACUCAAGGUAAGGACACGCUCAUCGUGGCCGAUUUUAUCACGGACGCUGGCACUUCGGACUCGGCCUGUGGCGGCUGCGUUUCCCUAUACACUCGCUCGUCGCGCUGCAGCCAAUCGGAUGCCGAGUUCAGCGACAGCUACCUGUAGCCUACUAGUGUUCCAGGGGCCGGUAUGCAUCAUUUGAGGAUCUAAAAAAAUUGAUGUAUACCGGCCUAACAGUGUUGUUUGUUGCACUCUAAUGCAAAUUACGCACAAUCAUUUUUCCAAGUCAAUUACCCAAACAGCCCCCUUUUGCAUCCUAUUUUACCAUGUUUAGUGGCCUUUUCGACCCCCCAUCUCACUCUCGUUAUGACAUAAAAUCGUAAGUAAGGAAGGCUUUUCGCUCCCAAAAUGACACUAUAAAGCUUCCACGCGUUUUAUGUUGUAACGAGAUGAGGGUGUAUUUUGGGAGUGAAACGUUUUUCCUGUUGACAGAUACGAGGGACGAGCGCAUUUGACUGCGACAGCGGCUGCCCAAUGGGCCGAUGGCGCGCCUUUUGCUACCCGGCAGCCCCGAAAUGGACGAUUACUGAGUUCAACAAUAGAAUAAAUAACCGGCUCAACGUGUUAGUGAUAAUUAAAUUAGGGUAACGUUAAUAUUUUUUUACAUUUCGGUUGUCCCCUCGAGACAAGCGGCCCGCCCUGGGCCUGUUGAUGAUGAUCGCAAACGAUUCUAAAUAACAUUGUGAUAGAGUGUACGCGAAAUUUUUGUAGUUUUGAGCGCUUUUCCGAUUAUUGUGUUAUAACGAGGAUGGUUUUCCUGGCGUAGAUGACGCACAACGUCGCGUUAGUGGCCGAAUCGAGUUGCAUGUCUGUUUAGUACGUAAAAAAGUAAACCACUUGAUAAUCUUCUUGACCACGCCCCGUCCUUUUGCCCCCCAAACAUCAGUCGCAAUAGACCCAAAACAUUGUUAAAUAGUUGUGGCAUUAGAUUAAUGUUUAGCGAUUAUGGAUGUACUAGAAAUUAACGAACGAAUCCACACCACUCCUGUGCAUUAUCUCCCAAUAUUGUCCGCGAUUUCUAAAUGGUACUGGUGCGCGAACACUCAGUAGAUCAAGUAGUCCAACGUGCGUUUAUUUAGACUGUUAACAAUCGACUACAUGUGUAAGCCAGUACUGAUCAACACCCACUGUGCUGUCGGAAUAUGUGUUCAGAUCCAAUCAGCUACCUAUUCUUAUGUCAAAUAAAAUUUCUGAAAAUGCAUUUCUCUAAAAACUCUA